AUCGACAGUUCUACGGUUGAGCUCAAAGCGGCAGCAAGUGUACGGCGAAGACCCACCGAAACCGACCGAAUAACAAUCAAUUAAAAGUGAAGAGAAUUUUUUUUUUUCAAAAAGGUGUGCACUGUGCAAAAAAAAGGCGGAAAGUCUUAAGUAAAUUGCAUUUGUUUUUCUUUUUGUGUGCCAAAUUAUUUAGAAAACCAAUUCGAAAAUUAAACAAAAACAAUCUUGUACUAAAUUUGCUCAAUAAUUACCCAAUCAAAUACAAAAUUUCAAACAAAGACAAAAUGUCCAAAACGCCCACACAACAACAACACCAACAACAACAACACCAACAACAUGCGCCACCCAAAGAGAUUCCGGCGUUGAAACGCGCCGCGCUGCAAGUGAUGGCCGGCGGAUCGGCCGGCUUUGUGGAGGUUUGCAUUAUGCAGCCGCUGGAUGUGGUCAAAACGCGCAUGCAACUGCAGAAUACAACAAAGGUCGCGGGAGAGACUCACUACAAUGGCGUCUUCGAUUGCUUUGCCAAAAUGUAUCGCCAAGAGGGUCUCUUCUCCUUCUGGAAGGGCAUACUGCCGCCUGUGAUAGCUGAAACACCAAAACGUGCCAUUAAAUUCGUCUGUUUUGAGCAAACAAAGCCGUUAUUCCUCUUUGGAGCGCCAGCACCCACGCCACUAACAUUCUCGCUGGCCGGUCUCACAGCUGGCCUUAUCGAAGCCAUCGCCGUCAAUCCCUUCGAGGUGGUCAAAGUGGCGCAACAGGCAGAUCGCACGAAAGCAAAGGAGGCGGCAAGCACUUGGACUGUGGCACGCCGCAUCGUUCAGACCGACGGUUUGGGCUUCCGCGGCCUCAAUAAAGGCGUCACAGCGACAAUGGGUCGCAACGGCGUCUUCAAUAUGGUCUACUUUGGAUUCUAUCACAGCGUCAAGAAUUACGUGCCCGCCUUUGAGGAUAGUACACAGGAAUUCUUCCGCAAAGUGUUGAUCGGCUUCACAUCCGGCACGCUGGCCUGCUUCGUCAACAUACCGUUCGACGUGGCGAAGUCACGCAUCCAAGGACCACAGCCACAGCCAGGCGUCAUCAAGUACAAGGGCACAUUCAGUUCCAUUGGCAUUGUGUACCGCGAGGAGGGAUUCCGCGCGCUCUACAAAGGCCUCGUGCCGAAGGUGAUGCGAUUGGGUCCAGGCGGCGCGAUCAUGCUGCUGGUCUUCGAGUAUGCCUACGAAUUUUUGCAAGUGAAACUGGCCUAACAAAGGCGAAUCCGGAGGCCAAAUGAGUAUUUGUAUAGAAAAUUUGUAAUAACUGCCCACAGCAAGACACACACACACACACACACACACAUGUACUUUGUACGGUAUUGAUUAACUGAUAUGUAUGUAAAUUGUUAAAUUUUGAUUGUUAUGAUACAGCUUGAGGAAGAAAAAACUUUAAUAAAAAGUAAUGUUUUUA